AUGAAGCCAAAGAACUACCAGCAUGUCCUGUCCUUGGUAUUUGCUGUGAAGGAGAUAAAUGAGAACCUCAAGAUCCUACCAAACAUCAGCCUGGGGAUCCUCAUCUAUGAUAGUUACUCAAAUGCAAGAAUGACUCAUCAGAACACACUGAAACUUCUUUCCAGUUGGGCAAGGAUGGUCCCCAAUUUCCAAUGCGAUAAGCAAAAGAAUCUGCUUGCUGUCAUUGGAGGACUUGACUCUGAAAUUUCCCUCCAUAUGGCUACUCUCUUAGGCAUCUACAAGAUUCCACAGGUUGCCUACUGUGUGAUAGCUCCAAUGAUGAAUGUUAAAACCCAGCUCCCUUCCUUCUACCGGAUGGUCCCCAAUGAAGAACAUCAGUACAGAGGGAUUGUGCACUUACUUGUGCAUUUCCGAUGGAGAUGGGUUGGGAUCAUUGCAACAGAAGAUGAUAAUGGUGAAAAAUUUAUGCAGACCUUCAUACCCAUGCUUUCCCAACGUGACAUUUGUACAGCCUUCCGUUUAAAGAUGCCAACACUAUCUCAUGCUUUCAAAAUCGUGGAAUCUUUUGAGACCAUGGAAAACCCCACUGUGGCCAAGACAAAGUUACUAAUGGACUCCAAAGUCAAAGUAAAUGUUGUGAAUGCAGAACGUCAGACUGCAGAUGGUUUGAAGUGGAUAAUAUAUCUGUAUUCACUCUUAGAAGGUAUUACAGAGACUUCUAUUGGUAAAGUGUGGAUUAUGACCACUCAGUGGGAUUUCUCAUAUGAUACCAUUCAAAGGAAUUUUGCUGUACAAGCUUUCCAUGGUGCCUUGUCUUUUGCAAUUCACUCUAAUGAAGUUCUGGGGUUUCCAAAAUUCCUGCAGAGCAUACAUCCUGACAUGCAAAAUGGAGAUGCUUUUCUCAGGAUCUUCUGGGAAGAGGCAUUCAGCUGCUUCUUUUCUGACUCCAACGAGGACAAAGAGGGCAGUGAUACUUGCACUGGGCAAGAGAAGCUAGAGAACCUCCCUGGGACUCUCUUUGAAAUGAGCAUGACUGGCCAAAGCUACAGCAUCUACAAUGCAGCCCAUACCAUAGCACAUGGUUUACAGACGAUGCACUCAUCCAGUCUCAAACUGAGAGGAACAGCAAGAAAAUUUAGAUUGACUCCUGCAAAUCUGCAGUAUCCUCAGUUUCAGACUUUCCUGAGGAUCAUCUCAUUUAACAACAGUGCUGGGGACCUGGUGUCUUUUGAUGAGGAUGGUGAAUUAGCAGCUGGACUUGAUAUUAUCAACUGGGUGGUGCCCCUUGCUCUUUGUAAUGACAACUGCCAUCCUGGUUACAGAAGGCAAAAGAAGGAGGGGGAGCCAUUUUGUUGCUAUGAUUGUAUUCCUUGUCCAGAUGGGAAGAUCUCAGACUUGAAAGACAUGGAUGAUUGCUACAAAUGCCCAGAAGAUCAAUUUCCAAACAGGAACAGAGAUCAAUGCAUUCCCAAGCUUCUAAACUUCCUCUCUUUCACAGAACCUUUGGGAUUCACAUUAGCUUUCUUGGCUCUGUCUUUGUUUCUGAUCACAGCUUUGGUGCUUGGAGUUUUCAUCAAGAACCAGAAUACACCCAUCGUCAAAGCCAACAACCGGGACCUCACCUACACUCUGCUCAUUUCCCUACUGCUCUGCUUCCUCUGCUCCAUGCUAUUCAUUGGCUGGCCUCAAGCAGUGACCUGCUAUUUACGACAAGCUGCUUUUGGCAUCAUCUUCUCUGUGGCUGUUGCUUGUGUAUUAGCAAAAACCAUCACUGUGGUCCUGGCUUUCAUGGCUACCAAGCCAGGAUCCAGGAUGAGGAAAUGGGUGGGGAAAAAUGUGGCCAACUCUAUUCUUCUUGGUUGUUCCCUGCUUCAAGCCACUAUUUGUGCUGCAUGGUUAUGUACUGCUGCUCCCUUCCCAGAUUUGGACAUGCACUCUCUGGAUGAAGAAAUCAUUGUGGAAUGCAAUGAAGGGUCUGUCACUAUGUUUUAUUGUGUCCUGGGGUACCUGGGGUUUCUGGCCCUCGUCAGCUUCACUGUGGCUUUUCUAGCCAGGAAAUUGCCCGACAGUUUCAAUGAAGCCAAGUUUAUCACUUUCAGCAUGUUGGUCUUUUGUAGUGUUUGGUUGUCAUUUGUCCCAACUUACCUGGGCACAAAAGGAAAAUAUAUGGUCGCUGUUGAAGUCUUCUCCAUCCUAGCCUCUGGUAGUGGGUUACUGGGUUGCAUCUUUUCCCCCAAAUGCUACAUAAUUAUCCUGAGGCCUGAGUUGAACAGCAAGGAUCAACUAAUACAAAGAAAUAUGUAA